GUAGGGGCUUUAAUUUAAUUGGAUUGGUGUCAAUUUCCUUUUUUUAAAAAAAAGUGUCAAUAUAACCCCUCCAUUUAUAAUUUGGUUAAAUAAAAGGGUUAAGCAAAAAUCAAAUCACCGACCAGUAUAUUAUGCAGUAGUAUUAAAUCUCCAUUAAUUAAAACUCUCCAGUCUCCUUCCUCCUCCUUCCCCUUCUUCCCUCUCUCUCUCUUCGGUCCGGCCAUGAUGACGUCAGGCAGUACGGACCAGAGAAGGGAAUUCGCCGUCGCCGGCGGCGGCGAAGGGUCUUCAUCCACGUCGAGACUAAUGGCGGCGGCGAUGGCCACGCACCAGAUGCCGCCGCCGGUGCCGGUCCCGCAGCUCAGCCGCUACGAGUCGCAGAAGCGGCGGGACUGGAACACCUUCGGGCAGUACCUCCGGAACCAGCGGCCGGCGCCGGUGGCCCUGUCGCAGUGCCACUACACCCACGUCCUCGACUUCCUCAAGUACCUCGACCAGUUCGGGAAGACCAAGGUCCACCUGCACGGCUGCGUGUUCUUCGGGCAGCCCGACCCCGCCGGCCCCUGCACCUGCCCGCUCCGCCAGGCCUGGGGCAGCCUCGACGCUCUCAUCGGCCGGCUCCGGGCAGCCUACGAGGAGAACGGCGGGCUGCCCGAGGCCAACCCGUUCGCCAGCGGGGCGAUUCGGGUGUACCUCCGGGAAGUCAGGGAUUCUCAGGCCAAGGCCAGAGGGAUCCCAUACAAGAAGAAGAAAAAGAAGAAUAGUAAUAAUAAUCAUCAAGAAGAGACCAGUGCUGCCCCUAGCUUCCAGAUGCAAUCAGCUUAGCUUCAUGGAUUGAAAGGGUGGGUUUGCAAGGAGAAAAUGGUAAUUAAUAUUUCGAUGCUUUAAUUUCCAAUUGAAUAAAAUUCUUGUUAUUUU